UGCCAUCGUCAUCCGCUGUCACGUCUUUCCUAUGAUGGCUUCCGGUUUGCAGUGGUCUGCUCCUCUCUGAAACAUGGAAUAUUGUUUACUUCCUCCAACAACCGCCUUUACAACGUUUUUGUACCGGCCAACACACCGCUGAGAACCCGACAUAGAGUGCACGAGAAGGAGCGAACAGCAGUGCUGUCAGAGCGCUCACCAUGUUGUUUUCCCAGCUGCCAGAGGACGUUCUCUAUCAAAUCUUGUCUUACCUGGAUUACAGAUCUCUCAGUCGCCUCUCUCAAGUUUGUAAAACUAUCUACCACUUUGUAAACCGGGACGCUGUGUGGAGGAAGAUUGCCAAAGACUUUUUGAACACUGGAAUUACUCGGAAUGGGACGGACAUAUAUCAUCAUAUCCCACUGAAGGAGAGAGUCAAGAUAGCUCAGAACUGGUGUGAUGGGGUCUGCAACAGGGCUGUUCCUCUCAAAUGGAAAAUAAAACUUUUGCCAUGGGUACAACUGGAUAGAGACAUGCUGUUUUUGUCCCAGGCUGCUGUCAUUGGAGGGUACAGUCUUUGCCAAGACUCCGGGAGGCUCCAUCGCAACCCAUUUGAAAUCUACUCUGGCCACAAGGGUGAUGUCUGUCGCUUUGUUCUGACCGACACUCAUUUGAUCAGUGGUGGAAGUGAUGGCAAGAUCCUAGUUCACCACAGAAGAAGAGGCGUGAUGCUGGAGUUAUCAGGUCACAACCAGGAAGUCAACUGCCUGGACUCUAAAAAUGGACUCAUCAUCAGUGGAUCCAGAGACCGAACAACCCGGAUCUGGACUUUAACCUCAAGCAGCCCUAGAGACACAAUUGCCAUGCAAGACAGAGUGUGGUCUGUUGCUAUUAGCCCAACACUGAGCUCUUUUGUAACAGGCACUGCAUGCUGUGAGAACUUCUCCCCUCUUAGCAUCUGGGAUGUUGAACGAUUGGAGUGUGUGUGCAUUCUGGGCUCACAGUUUCGUCGUGGUGCUGGUGUGUUGGAUAUGGUGUUUGAGUCUCCAUUCCAGCUCUUCACCUGCGGCUAUGAUACAUUCAUCCGACUGUGGGACCUCCGACUUAGCCCAAGGAAGUGUGCGAUGGAGUGGGAAGAGCCUCACGACAGCGCUCUGUACUGCAUCCAGACUGAUGGAAAUCACAUGAUAGCCAGCGGUUCUUCAUACUAUGGUGUUGUACGACUCUGGGACAAACGGCAAACCAAAUGUCUGCAGUUCUUCCAGCUGAGCUCACAGCCAGCGAGCAGCCCGGUGUACUGCCUGAGGUUCAGCAGCUCUCACCUCUACGCAGCCCUGGCCACCGCCCUGCACUCACUGGACUUUAGCCAGAGCCCCAUCUACAUCAGAUGACACACACACACACACACACACACACACACACACACACACACACACACACACCGAGUUCAUAAACAUCUGAUCUGCUCAAUAAAGCUGUAUAUUUUCACAUUUUCAAAA